CGCAUCUCUUAGUUUUCUGUUUUUUUCCCUCUGUUCAUCACCAUAACCUCAUUGUUUGUAGUCAGUAGUCAGUCAGUCAAGAUCCAUCUAUGGAUCACCUGCCUCGUGUCUCCACUCUCAAGCACAGUCAAGGAAUCGGAAAUGUACUUAUGUUAGGCUAAAUUCCCAUAUUACUCCGUCCGCCCCCAUUCGUAGGGUGUAAUCUUCCAGUUGCGCCACCUCUCUGCUCGAUCUGUUUGUAGUCAGUCAAGAUCCAUCUAUGGAGAGUCCAGGAGCGAAAAUCAUUUCAAUGUUGCCAAGGGUCCAUACCUCCCUGCGUCUAGAGCCUAACACAUGAAAUCGUGUAGAGACAUUGGUUUGGCACAAUACAAGGUUAAUUUUCCUGGUUAUUAUGUAAUUCUUCGUAUUAAGUUUGCACUGUUGAUACUCUUUAGUACAUCAUGCUGCUAUAUUCAUACUCUUUAGUAUAAACGAGUCCCAGCUCUAGUGUGUGAUGUCCCCGUAGUAGCACGGCCACAGGAUCGACCCCUUCGCCUGCAUAUGACCAGCACAUUUUCCGGUCGGAGUCGAGGGGGAGAGAGGGGUUUGGCCCUUCCCUGCUGUAUAUAUCUGUAGCUCGUUUCCUUCCCUAGUGGAGUUUGGCGUUAUAAUCCCAUAACCAGAUUUUAUCCAGUGUGUCCCGUGGUAUACAAUGCAGUUCUACACCCCUCUCGUUCCCUUCUUUUUGCACUUAUAUGUGGCUAAAUUCCGACAUUGCUCUGCCCCGUCCCAAUUCCUACACUCGCGUCACCCACAAGGGGAGAACAUUAGCGAAAAUCGUUUCCCAUGUUACCCCAGAAAAAUCACAUGCAGCAAAUCUCGCUCGAAGAGAUUGCCUCCUUCCUGUUUGCAUGUCGCGCCCUCCAUUGCCCUUGCAUUCUCACACGGGCCAGCAAUGUUGGCAAGGGCAAUGCAAAACGGUGCCCUGCCACCGAGCAAUCGUCAUGUCCCCAGCACAAAAUGGUAGGACCAGCGAAGGCAACAAUUUUCCAAGGAGGAGCGCCGUCUUGAUUUAUUGGCAGCUAAAAGUUCUUCAGCAUUGUGCACACAUAGCUGGAGGUCCACAUGUGUCGCACCAUCGUCGGGACCCACAUGCAGGGUAGAACUAACCAAAACCCUAAUUUACUAGAUGUACAGAGAUGCAAGAAGUCUUGAUCGUUCGAUCAAGUGACCCGGAGGCAUCAUUGGCUAUCCACACCUCCUCUGCCCCGAGUCAUGUACACCCUCCGGUCCUUUUUACUAUGCAUAUUAGAUAAGUCUUUGACGAAAUUUAUAUUAAAAAUCAUCAACAUCUACUAUUAAACCUGUGAAUAGUUUCAAAUCCAGAUUAAAACCAGCCCAAACCACAUGACUUUCCUCCAACAAACCAAUCCAAUCCAAUCCAAAUAUUGAGGUCUAGAAGCCAGACCGGACCAAACUAGUUGUAUUUUCCAUCCAAACCAAUCCAAACUGUUUCACUUUUUUAGAUUAAAAUCCAUAGUUAGAAACCAUGGACAAGCUGCUGCGUUAUUACGUGAAGCUUUUGGUCACUUGCUUCGCCGUCUAUGCGCUUAAUGGAGAGACACACGGCCUUGAUGCUGCUUGUCGCCGGGCGUACACUUAAUGAAGAGAGAGAUGACACACCAUCAGCCACUCGCCGCCGGCGGCCGGCCUGCCGCCGCCACCAAGGAGGGGGCUGCUGCCAUGAGCAGGGAGCCAUCGCUGCUAGAUGGGACAUCCAGAUGGAGGCGGGCGGAGGAAAACACGGCGGCCGGAUCUCGAGCAGGCAGCCGGCGGCAACGGCGACCCCAAAUCCUAGCGGCUAGCGUGUGGAAGAUGGCCGUCUGAUGCGCUGGUCUCGCAUACAGUGGUCGCUGAUUUGUUCCUGAGACCAUGGAUCGAAACGAUUUGAGACCAAUUGGUCUGUGUCCAGCCCGAUCCAAUCCAGUCCAACUAGUAUUAAAGCCCAAACCAGACCAGAUUACAUUAGGGCCUCAGACCAUUUAAACCAAUCCAAAGACAAUCCACUAGAAAACCAAACUAAAACUUAGGUUUCAACCCAAACCAUUCUCAGGCUUAUCUACUAUACCAAAUAACUAUAAUAUGAAAAAUAUAUUCUAUGAUGGAUGUAAUGAUAGUGAUUUUGCAUUAUGAAUGUCAAUACUUUUGUAUAAACAUGGUUGAACUUCAAUGACUUUGAAUUUGGACAAAUCUAGUACUCGGAGUAAAAAGGAAUGGAGGAAAUACCAAUUUCCAUGGUUAGGUUGGAGCUGGAAUAACAUGUUGCUUAGAGCUGCAUUGAGCAUCGAGUGUUGAUCCUACGAUGGCAUUGGCGAUGUCCAGGAAGAGUCAGAUGGGUUGGAGUAGACCAUGAGAUAGGCCUAUGUCGGAGCACCGGAAAGGUGGGCAUCACAUCGCCCGACGCUGGGUGGGUGGGGAGAACCCAUGGGCCGCGCCACGCCUCCCUCGUUGCCUUUUCUUUUGCACUUAUAUGUGGCUUAAUUCCAACAUUGCUCCGUCUGUCCCCAUUCAUAGGGUGUAAGAGCAUCUCUAGUAGAUCCUGCAAACCACGGUUUUCGUUUACUGUAUCCCGUAAAUUAAUUUUGUGGUUCGGCGGUCACCGAGACAGAACAGAUCCCAUAAACAAACUCAAACACACACACAACAUAUUCAGACUAGUAGUUCGCGCCACUUGAACAUCACCGAAAUUCAUACUUAAAACAUAGUUCAUACUAGCAUAAACGAAAAUUAAACUAGAUCUGCUCGUCAAUACCAUCACCGGACUUCCCGCCGCGAGGUGGUGCUCCAUUAGUGUGUUGGAGAGCAUGAAGGUAAGGUCGUAUUCCUUUCUCAACGCCGGCACUCGCGCCGCUGCAGCUUCCUUCCCGGCGGUGGCCGUCUACUUUGCGCCGAACCACGUUCGCUCCAUCGCCCAGGGUCGCUGGAUCGCGGGCGAGAAGAUCCGGUCGAGGCGAUCGAAUUUGGUCCACGCCCGCCGGUCGGAGUUGCGGGACAGAGCGUUGCGCUUCCGCGCCUGUUCCUUGCGCCACUCCUGCACCGGCGGGCGGAGGGAGGAGUUCCCGGCCUCAUUGUCAUUGCAGUGCUUGCGACGGGAUCACCGCCAUGGUUGACAAACCCCCCCCUCGGCCACCCCUUCCGGCACCCACGCACGACAUCAAGGCUCCAUUCCGAUGGCCACGCACGCCGCAAAAGGCUGCCGGAGGAGAGGGGUUUGUCCACGAAGGAGAGGGGAUUUGCGGCGGAGGCGAUAGGGGAAAUGAAGGACGGGAACCCUAAAAUCCCCUCGCUUCUAGUAUAUGUCGCAGAUUCGAGGAAGGUUUACGGGCCUACCGUAAAAGUUUUAUGGGCCGGGCCAUUUUUACAAGACCUGUUUGGGCCGAGUUUUUUGCGCGUACCGUAAAUCCGCAGAAAAAACACGGCCCAGCGAGCUUUUACGGGAUCUGCUAGAGAUUGUAGAAGACAUAAUGCAUCUUGAUUGUGCUAAUUUUUUUUGUCUAGUUUGCUCCUGUCUGCUCCCUCAUGUUGUCUAACACCCCUCCUACAAUCUUCAAUCCUCUCUAGCCUAGCCAAAAAAAUCCAACAAUAUUACCUCUAUUUGUGCCAAAGCUCAUCGAAUCUUGUGAGCGAACCUUUUUUUCCAAGAGCACACUAAUCCCCAGCUCACCAGGGUUCAAAUCAUGGUGCUCAUAGGGGUAGGAUGUGCGUGCGUGCGUUCAUAGGGGUGAGUGUAUGCACGUGUAUAUGAGCGCUUGCGUCUGUACUGUGUUCAAAAAAAAUUUACGAUAGUAGAUAUCUUGUGUAGAAUAUGGUGUCAUGGCCAUGGGGGUCAUACGAAAAGUUUGAGAUAGUCUAAAGGGCAUAUUUCUGAUUCCGUUUUGCGCCGCACCCUCUUGUUUCUAUGCCGGGGCCAAUUAACUGUUUUGCACAUCCAUGUCAUCAUUCCCGGUCUAUCACAUGUGUCUUGUGAUUUUGACAUAUGAUAUAUGUAUAUGAGAGGUACAAUGUAUUCUUCACUUGAAUUACUUAAAGACUUGAUCAACCAUGACCUAACAUAUGGACCCAUCAUGAUCGCAUCUUCAAGUUAUAUUUAAUAUUCUUCUCUUUAAUCAUCCUUUCAAGAUUUGAUCCAUCAUGGCUCACCUCUUUAGCCCAAGGCACCAGGUCAUGUCCUACACCUACCAACAAAGCCGCUUGUCGAAUAACGGUGAUCACCUCCAAAGAGCAACAACUCCGAACGACUAUCCUUGUCGAGGCACCAACCAUCCUCGAGUGCCUAAAAAGAGUUGGCAGGUGGAUGUCGUGACUCAGACAGACCCAAGAAAGUCAUCGUCCUGGGCUCACCUGCGACUGUGUACAUAGUGCUCCUGAUGAACAAUCCAGAACAUCAGGGAGCACCAAAGGAAUGCUAAAGCCGUGUCUCGACAAACAAUGCUCCCAAAAGAGGAACGAUCGACAAACGACGAUCACCUCCAAAGAGCAACAACUCCAAACGACUAUCCUUGUCAACGCACCAACCAUCCUUGAGUGCCUAAAAAGAGUUGGCAGGUGGAUGGUGUGACUCGGACAACCCCGAGAAAGUCAUCGUUUUGGACUCAUCUGCGACGGUGUACGUAGCGCUCCUGAUGAACAAUCCAGAACAUCGGGGAGCACCAAAGGAAUGCUAAAGCCGUGUCUCGACAAACAAUGCUCCCAAAAGAGGAACGAUCGACAAACGGCGAUCACCUCCAAAAAGCAACAACUCCAAACGACUAUCCUUGUCGACGCAACAACCAUCCUCGAGGGCCUAAAAGGAGUUGGCAGGUGGAUGUCGUGACCCAGACAGCCCCGAGAAAGUCAUCGUCUUGGACUCACCUGCGAUGGUGUACAUAGCGCUGCUGAUGAACAAUCCAGAACAUCGGGGAGCACCAAAGGAAUGCUACAUAGAACCUCCAAGCCGUGUCUCCACAAACAAUGCUCCCAAAAGAGGAAGGACGCUGGCAUCAGCUAUCCGUAAGUGGACCUAAGGUUUUGCCCGGAGACAACCAACCAAGCAACCAAGUAAUAGAGAGCGAGGAGCGGACACACCAUAGCGACACCUUCUAAGGAGGGGAACGACACGCGGAGGCUGGCACCGACCGGUCAGCGUAUUAAUUUGUACUCCCUCCGUUCAUAAAUAUAAGUCUUUUUUAGAGAUUCCAUUCCUAUAUAGACUACAUACGGAGAAAAAAUAAGUUUUAAAAAUAUGUCUGUAUACAUCUGAAUGUAGUCCAUGUUGAAAUCUCUAGAAAGACUUAUAUUUAGAAACAGAGGGAGUAUUAAGCAUGGUUAAACUUCUCAAAUAAUAAGUGCCACAAGUUUCAAAAAAAAAAAGUGCCACACGUGUGGCACGAAGCAUUCAGGCCCUGACAUUUUUUACAAAUAGAAGUUGCCAUCCGAAAAGAAGAAAAAACAAACGUAUGUUACUUUCACUAUGAGUAGUCUCAAACUCAAUGGUCAAACUCAAAGAUGAAUAAAAAAAAAAUUUAGGGGAGCACAUCGUUUGUCGAGAAGAGAAGAAGAAGCAUGAAGAGGUGGGCUUAAAGUGGAUGAUGGGCCGGUGGGCGAUAAAAAGAAUGAAUAGCUCGUCCGCUUCAGUGUGGUGAGCGUUGGUGGUGGCGGCGCAGCGCAGCGCAGGGAAAGGAAGCAAGAAGAAGGGCGACGAACCCUAGCUCUGGUCGGACGGAAUCCCCUGUCCUAGCUAGAUCCACAGGUGAAGCUGAUGGCUGCUGUGCUCCGAUCCGCGGCGAGGCGGUUGGCCGGCGAGCUGCCGGCGGCUGAGAUGGGGCUCCACCGCCUCCCUCUGCACUCCCAGCUCACCCUUUUGCCCAAUGGAAGCUCGGUUCUGAGUCCUCUUGUGCUGCAGGCCAAUGUUUGGAGCGCCUCAUCUGCUCCUCGCUCUGCCCCCUCUUCUCUGACCAAGGCUAAGGCGGCGAUGGAGAGCGCCAUUCGCCCGUCAUUCAUCCCGCGUCACACAGUGUCCACCUCUUUCGGCCGCGCCGCCUCAAAGCCUCUGUGCAAGACCAAGGCGGUGAUCGAGAGCACCCUUCUACCACAACUCAUCCCGCGCCGCACAAUGUCCUCCUCCUCCAGUCGCGCCGCCUCUCAACCAGCCGACAAGUUUUGGCUUGAGAUAGUGGGUCACAGGAUGAAAGGUCCGCAGAAUCCGUGCCCGAUGAUUUUCAGAAAGCGAAUCAGUGGUGUGGAUGCCGACAAGGCUGAAGCAGUCUUCCUCGACGUGAUGAUGAUGGCUAAAUAUGAUGGGAAUGUUCCACCAAAUAUGAUGAGUAGUCCCGUUCGAGCGUUGCUCCGGAAGGCGCUUAUCCGAUACAUGAAGAUUAAGUGGUUUAUUAAAGAAAUUGCUCUAUCUCUCAAGAUACGUGUCGUUUUUAAGCUGGGCAAGUUAAACUUUGCCGUCAUCUGCGUGUUGCUUUACGUGACAUACGGGAGGCCCCUAUCUCUGCUCCGGAGGUUCUGGAAGAUCCUAAAUUCUCAAGGAGGCGAUGACUCGGAGUAAUCAAGCAGAGAAUGCGACUAUUGCAGCAAUGUAAUAGUGAUGUUGUGACUAAUAAUUAAGACAAACAUGCUUUUUUUUUGUUAUAUUUGCCAUUGUUGUGUAGUACAUGGUUAAACGACCCGUAAAUUUUCUGUUGGUGUUAUGUCUGUUGUGAUUA